GUGACAGCCCAACAUCCAUGACCGAACGCUGAACACAAGGCCUUCAUGGAUCGACUGUGGUGACUGACACCAUUCGAGUCUGGUUGAUCCGCGCCCUUUCGCCGCUACUUGUUACCCCAAAGCUCCUAGGAGCGCUGCAGCAAAAGAUAGCUAUCAUCGCUCUUUCCCCGGACAUCCUAGUCUCACCCCACCCAUGCGACCCUCGACUCAGCGUUUGUACUUGUAGUUCUGACUUGUGUUUCUCACCAUGCAGUCAGUCACUUUUCAACUUGGGAAUACUUUGUACGUUAUAAGAUCCCAAUCUCUCCGAUCAGUCGGAGCCUGCAACUGCUUUGGCCUAGAGAAACGGCACGUCCCGAGGCAGCAAUCUUGCCGCUAUUCGAGGCCAACACGUGUUACCAGUGAUAAUCACAGAAUGGCCGCCACUCAAUGACAUUCCGUCAAGUUCUGCGCCGCACCCGCCUCUCGGUGCCUGCCGAACGCUUGCCGUACAGACACCGGGUGCCGGUUCCCGGAGCAUGCGGCGCAAGAAGCUAUUAGUCUAUGCGGAUCCCUUCAAGACCUGUCCCAAUAGGGCAGUUGUCGUUGGCUACGGUCUUCGUCUUCAACGAUCUGCAGAUGUGUUAAUACAUUUCUGUUCUAUGUGAUCCUCGGUCAAUGAGGUGAUCCCUCAGGGCGGCGCGCUAGUCUUUUGGGUUUCUUAGUACGUUGCUCCUGCUACUUUAACUACCAGGCUACCUCCAUGUACUCCCCAACCAGUGCCAAAAACCCUCCAGACGACCCUACUUCUCCUCCAUUUCUGACAGAUCAGCUAUUGUAUCCAGACUUCGCAGAGGAUCAUAGGAUGAUUCAACGUUCCCGCUCAUCAACAUCAACUUCGCCCACGGAACUGUGGAAUGAACCCUCUCCUCUAACAGACUUGUCCCUCUCUCCGAGUAUCUCUCUCGAUCCUGUGAAAUUGGAGCCUUGUUCUCGCCCUACAUCACCCCACUUUAUCAUUGAACCUUUUCUAUCUUCUCUCGUCGUACAUAAGUCCACGUCAGUCCGCGUCUUCCCCCAUCGUCGAUCGCACUCUCCGGUCACCCAGUCGGAGCUCGCGGAACAGCUGCUCAUUUCUCAGUCUUUAGCUCCUCCCACACAAGUCCCUCUUCGUGCCACGCACGCAAGCACCGAAAUGCUUGAAAUGAUGGGUUCAUUCCGGCUGAACCCCUUUGCCUUUCAUACCAAACAUAAAGGUCCUCAACGGGAGGAUCUGUACUUGACCUGGUGCGGCGAGGAACCAAAACCUCUUGAGGAAGAGCCAUGCAUGUUCGAAUGGCAACUAGAGGGGUACUGUGGAGGAAUACUUGAGGACCUCAACCUCAUAGUCAUGGACGACGCAUCCAGUACUGCCAGCGAUAGUGACUCGUACUCGUUCCACGAUUCAUCCCAGCAGCUUCCAUUCCCAUCUGCGAUGUCAAACACAUCGACGUCAAUUUCUUCUCCCAGCGCUUACCAUGGUGCUCUCUUUACCCCUCCGACAUUUAGCCCAGGCCGACAGCACAAUCAAGGCACACCAGAGCUUCCUGUCGAGCUGUCAGAAGCUCAAUGCAAUCCCAACGAUUUCGCUAACGAGAUUUCGGCCCAUGAUUCGGCGCGUCCUCGUUUCCGCUUACCUCCCACCUCGUUUCCUGGCUUUCCAAGUGUUUCCUGGAACCAAUCCCAAUCAGACUCGUUCUACUCUCCCUCAACUUCCUCUUCUAACUCCUCUUCACAGGGCUUCUACUAUCUUCGAUCUGGUCCCUCCGAAUGCCAGGCCAGACCCCACAAUUACAUCUCUCGUCCCUAUCCUGGCGCUACAGAACGUGGCCGUUCUAGGUCAUACCCCGGAAUCGAUGAUUCUGCCCAACAACCUGAAAUUGCUCGUCAUCGGGGGCCCAUCCAGUACAUGUUAAAUAGACCUGGCUGCGGUGUCAAUACUUCUCGUUCUGUGAUGGCGUCUUCCCUCUUGCCACCUGCAUGUUCUGAUAAAAUGGAGUCCCGUAACGGGGCGGCUUCCCAGAAAGCACAUUUUCCUAUGUUCUCGCUCUCAAAGGUCCCAGCUUCGUAUCACCAUCGAUAUCACAAUCGGCCGGGGGUCCUUGAUAAUCACUCGCCGUCGUCUGUUGCCAUCGGAGCUGGCACCAUUGGCCUUCCCUCCCUCCCGGCAUGUCUGUCUAACGGCAGUCCUCCGAAAUGCCCUUCCCCUUCUUCCCCUCUAACGUCCUGGAAAAUAACAUCCCCUGAAUCAAAUGAUGUCUUAAAUGGUCCGCCGACUUUGCAACAUCGGUCGGUCGUGUUUAGUGAUGGGCCCAUUCAAUGUUCGCAAUAUUCAACCGCGUUUUCGUACGGCCAAUCGAAUUCGUAUCCCGCACAUUUUGGGAACAUGGACCCAUCGGUUCGACGAGGGCAGGUACUUCCAAGGGCGAUGCUGUCUCGUCAGUCCUCUAGCCCCAUUACUACGAUACCGACUGCCGUCGAACUUUAUGCGUCUAGACAGUCUUUUGAUGCACUUUCGUCUUCGCGCUCGGACUUGGAAAUUUCAGGCGAACAGAACAUAGCUAGGUCAUCUAGGACUUGCUGCACAGACCUACUCCCCGGUACCAGUGUUCAACCUCGUCAUGAUUCAAAUGACUGCGGCGCAGGGACAAGGGCUAAUUGCAAUGAAGGGUACGCAUACGGCGUGAGUAAUUAUGGUUUGACCAGUCGCGAUACUCAGACCUUCCCACAUCAUGGAACCGGCUUCUAUGCUUAAACCCACUUAUCAGGUGGUCGCGAUGCAUAGAAGUGUUGACAUUGUGUCUAUUGUUCAAGAUUCAAGGUCUUAUUCUAGAUCUCUCGUUAACGCGAGGUUGCACCCUGGGUUUAGGCGCACUGGGUUCUGGGUUUGAAUACAUGGUGGCCCGUUGCUUUGUCCAUACGGAAUUUUUUUUGUUACCGUAAGAACUUCUUUAGGGUUCUUAAAAAUAUACCAUUACCAACGCUGCCGUGUUAACCUCUCAUUCCA